AUGGCGGCCCCCAUCACGAAUCGCGCCGUGUGGCAGGAUGCGGCCGGCGUCCCGGGCGUAGUCCGCGCCAGUCCUCUGCCGGGUACCGACGCGGAGCUCGGAGACCGCAAGGUGCUAGUCAAGGUGCACGCGUGGGCGGUGAAUCCGUGCGACCACAUGCUGCAGGACCGGGAGCUGGGCAAGUACCCGGCGAUCCUGGGAUGCGACGUCGCCGGCACUGUGUCUGCCGCCGCCGCCGCCGCCUCUUCACGGUUUCGCGUCGGCGACCGCGUGUUCGGCGUCGCCGCCAACAACGGCUUCCAGGACUACGUGGCGCUCGAGGACCGGCUCGCAGCGCACAUACCCGGCGACAUGUCGUUCCGCGACGCGGUUGUGUUCGGCCUAGCCGGCGCGACCGCCGCUAUGUUCCUGUUUGGAGACGGCUACCUCGGCCUCGACUUGCCCGGGCUGGGCGCACCCAGGAAGGGGAAGUCGGUGUUGGUCUGGGGAGGCAGCUCUGCUGUCGGGGGCAACGCUGUCCAGCUAGCUGCUGCCGCAGGAUAUGAUGUCGUCGCGACGUGCUCGAGGAAGAACUUUGACUACGUCAGGCGCCUAGGCGCCGUGCAGGUCUUUGACUACAAAGACGCCGAUGUCGCCGGCAAGGUCGCCGGCGAGCUCGACAAGGGAGAUUGUGCUGGCAUCUUCGUGGCCGCCGGGUCCAGGGACGGCAAUGUCGCCGCGUGCAGGAUUGCCGCGGCGUCCAAGCAGGGGCUCAAGCUCGCGUCGUCCGGUUUCAUCGGCAACCUGGGCGAUGUGCCCGCGGGGGUCGACGUGCGGCAGCCGACGGCCGCGACCUUCAAGCCAUUUCCCGACGCCUGGUUCGAGACGACGCCGGCCACUUUCGAGGGAUACCUGCCCGAGGCGCUGUCCAGGGGAGCCUACAAGGUCGCGCCCCCGCCCCUGGUCGUCAACAGGAGGGGUUUGGACGGGAUCCAGGAGGCCGUCAACUUCAUGCGCGUUGUGUCUGGGGGGGGCUUGGAUGGCAUCAAGGAGGCUGUUGAUCGUACGAGUGAGGGCGGGAGAGGAGAUGGAAUAUCGCCGGUCAAGCUGGUUGUCGAGCGACCUUAG